AUGUCACCGAGCAUGAGCGAGGGGAGAGGUCAUGUGACUGAGAGGAUACUGAGCCUGACCCUGGAAAUCAUCUACCUGCUGACCGGAGAGCAUUACAGACCUGUUAAGGAGCAGAUGGUGGUCACCAGUGGAUGGACAGAGAAGGCUUCGCCUUCCUCCCUAACAAAUGAGAGCUACAAGGACAAGAAGAUUCUAGAAAUCACAAAGGAGAUCAUUGAGCUGCUGACCAUUGAUAUGGAUAUGGAGAAGGACAUCACAAUGGAUAAUCAGAAGCCCCUCCCAUCUUCAGAUUUAGAUCCUGGAGGAUCUAAGCUCGACAUUUCUCCAUCGCAAAACCAUGUCGUUGAAGAUCCUGGAGCCAUUAGUCCCUCAUCUUCCAGAUCCUCCUCACCGGAGGAGCAAAGCAUGAGCCACACUUCAGAUGAAAAAACUUUGACUACAUGGGAAGGACUAGAAGAACAUCCUAAGCUCUCCAAGCCAACUAGCCACACUUCCGACACAUCCGACUCACCUACCCAUGUCAAAGAGGAGAGCACCUCAUGUAGAGAACAACACCCCCAACAGACAGAGAACUCUACACCCGAACAUCCUCCACCAUAUUCAUUUAGGUGUAUUAAGGAGGAACCCAGCUCAUGCGAUGAGCAUCAAGCGAGUCGUGACCCUUCUCCACCUGGAGACCACAUGCAGUGUGACCAAGUUAAGGAAGAAGAAACGGACCACAUUGAGUAUACGUCUUUCGUUAUUAAAGAUGAAAGCCUUCCAUGCAGCACCACCUGCUCCCAGUGUCAUAUGUACUUUCCGGAUGAUGACAGCUUUCUUAAACACCAGGAAAUGCACUCUAAAAACAAGCCGCUUUCCGAGUCCGGCAAACCGCCUGCCGGAGAAAAACCGUUCUCCUGCCCCCUAUGCGGGAAGAACUUUGGAGAGAAAGGGUUACUCCGCCGCCACCAGAAGGUCCACUCUGGGGAGAAGCCGUUUUCCUGCACGUACUGCGGCAAAUGUUUCGCCUGGAAGUCCAACCUCACGGUCCACGUCAUGAGCCACACGGGACAGAAGCCGUACAGCUGUAACGAGUGCGGCAAAUGCUUCAUUGCCAAAUCGCACGUGGUAGAGCACAAGAGGAGCCACACACAUGAGAAGCCAUAUCCGUGCCCGGAGUGCGGGAAAUGCUUUGUCAGCAAGUCCCAAAUGGUGAAACACCAGAGGAAGCACAGUGGCCACCGGGCAUUCCUCUGCUCCGACUGCGGGAAAAGCUUCACCGACAAGUCGGUACUGAUCAUCCACCAGCGGACUCAUACCGGCGAGAAGCCGUACGCUUGUUCUGUAUGCGGGAAAUGCUUCACCACGACCACCAACCUUCUGGUUCAUGAGAGGAUUCACUCAGGAGAGAAGCCCUAUUCGUGUUCAGAGUGCGAGCGAUCGUUCAUCCAUAAGUCGGACCUCAUGAAGCACCAGAAGAUCCACACCGGGGAAAAGGCCUUUGCCUGCUCGGUGUGCGGGAAAUGUUUUAGGGUCAAGUCGGGAUUGACAAGGCAUGAGAAGACCCACACUGGGGAAAAGCCCUUCUGCUGCGCAAUAUGUGGCAAACGCUUCACCUGCAAGUCCCACCUCCUGUCCCACCACCGCGUGCACACCGGUGAGAAACCUUUCCCCUGCAACGAGUGUGAAAAAUGGUUUACCAGCAACUCGGACCUCGUCCGGCACCAGCGCAUCCAUACGGGGGAGAGACCCUACGCUUGUAGCGAAUGCGGCAAACGCUUCACCUUCCAGUCU